GGAAUCCGCGGACGCCAACUCAAAACCUUCGAGCUUUCAUCUCCCAAGGCAGAAAUAUCUCGUGGCCCGCCAAAGCGAAGAGUGACGUAACAAAACGCGGCCAGCGAGUUGCAUUCGGACACCCAGACGCCGUCGCAGCGGCAGCCCCUCGCAGUACGCCGUCGCAGCGGCAGCCCCUCAAACAGCCACACAGUCCGACCAUGAGCUCCGAGCUCGACGGCCUCUGCUGCCCUCUGACCCUCGAAGUCUUCGAGGACCCCUGCACGCUGGUUGGAGACGGCCACACCUACGAGCGCGCUUCGAUUGAAGCCUGGCUCGACUCGGGGAAGCUCACGUCGCCGACCACGGGCGCGACGUUAGGGAUUGGGGGCACGCGUUUAGUACCGAACUAUGCCGUGAAGCGGACCAUCGCCGAGCUCGCCGCGCGCGGGCGGUUGCCGCCGAAGGGGACGUCGCCGCGGCUGGCCACCGAGGUCUCGCAACUGGCCGCCGCCGCCGAGGUCCUCACGGUCGCAGAGGAACCGCUGCCGCCGCCGCCCCCGAGCGACCCGCGCAUCACGGCCCACUUCUCCGAGCGGCCCCACGGCUUCUCCGAAGGUGCCAGCUCCGCGAGCCAGGGCAGGCAGGGCUUCUCUGACAAAACUCAAACCGCGAGGCAGGGCGGGGGCUUCUCUGAAAGAGCUCAAUCCGCGAGCCAGGGCCGCCAGGGCUUCUCCGAUCGCAACCAAACGGUGCGGGGCGGCGCGAAGUUCGGCAUGGGCAAGGUCGUCGACUCGAGCAAGGACAAGAUGUAUGUCGGCCAGUUCCAGGAGAGUGGCCACGUCGCGAGCCGCGUGGAAACCAAACUGCGGCUGCUCGAUGGCGUGACUCACCGGUCGAUGUCCGCGCAGGUCGUCUCCGACAAGAGCCAGUCCUUCUCCGAGGGUUCGGGACGCACCUGGUUCGGCUGGGGCAAGAAGAAGGAGCGGAAGGCCGGGCCGCGCGGCCGGGCGCUGACCGAGGUGAAGCAAGAAGAAAGUUCUGAGGACGACGAGCCUUUACAACAAGCCUGCGACGCGUUGCUGGUCGGUGGCGCUUUGCGGGGAGGUGGCUCUUUAGCUGCGGACGGGUCCUUCGGGACGUUAGUUGCGGAUGGUACAAGCAAACCUGCGUAUAAUUCUAUGAACUGCAACGCGAGGACGGACGCCAAAGUAUUGAAAUUGUGCGCCCCACCCUUACAAGCGGGCAUGGUUUUAACUUGUGGCCAGACGAGAGGCGUAAGUGCCUUCCGCUGGAAGGACUACGAGGUCACGACCACAAAAGAGUCGGGGAAGUGGUGGAAGAUGAAGAGCAAGGCGACGACGGCCCGAAAACGGUGCUGGGAGAAGUCGGGCGAGUUGAAAGGUUCAAGAGAUUGGGGUCUGUGCCUCGCGUCGGACGCGCGCGGUUCCUAUGCGGUCGCCGGUUGUCGGGGCGGCGAUUUGAAAUUGUGGCGACCGCCCAAGGCCGAACAAAGUGGCAUCAACCGGUGGGUCGAGGCCGGCGUCGCAGAAAGGUCCCACGCGUCCUCGAGGAUGCGGAGCGACGUACGAGCGGUGGCCGUGGACGACAAUUCGGACACACUCGUAUCGGGUGGUACGGACUGGUGCGUAAGGUUGUGGGACGCGCGGACCUUACAAUCCAAGGGCGCGCUGGGCGACAUAAACCGGGCCGACAACCCGGACGCCGACGAGAACUACGACGACGAUCAGAGGGGGCACAACUACCCUGUUACUACGGUCGAUGUGCGCGGUUCUACGGUUGCUUCCGGUGGAGAAGACAAGCGCGUGAUGUUGUGGGACUGUCGCCGAAGCGAAGGCGCCGUCGCCUGCUUGAAUCGGAUGGCCCCGGUUACCGUGGUCAAGUUCGUGGGCAAAGAACACGAAAUGCUCGUGGCAGGCGAGUACGGCAUCGCCGAGAUCAUAGAUCUGCGGACGCACAAACCCUGUGCUACACUCAUGAAGCCGGAGGAGUGGGACGCGAAAACCAAAGAGGUGGAAGGGGUCUGGGAGGGCCAGCUCAAGAACCAGCACCCUAUUCUAGACGCUUGCGUCAGUCCGACGGGCGACCGAGUAUCAAUCCUAGCGUGGCGGCCGGCCGGCGGCGUCGUCGAGGUUUUUGAUGCCGAGUCCUGGUCGUUGGUCUCGCAAGUAAACCUGGCGAUGGAGCUGCCGCGGAUCUCGCCCUCGUCCUUGGCGGCGUGCCGGCUGCCAGCCGGCGGGUGCUAGUUUUCCCGUUGCAUUCCCCCGUUUAAUCAUGAAUUUCCUUUG